CUCUCCCAUUCUCUCUCUCUUUCCCCCUCUCUCAGUCUGUAUGAGUAUCAAUCGUUCAGUCUGUAUGAGUAUCUGUCUGUCUUUCAGCCUAUCUGACAGUCUGCCUAUCGUCUAUUUGGCUGUAUAUCAGCCUGUCUGUCCGUUGACACGUUUGAUGACACUCGUCCGGAUUACACCAGGGACGUUAAGCAGCUGUGACGUAGACCAGGCACCUCGAGCUGUGACGCAGACCAAAAAUAUUGAGCUGUGACGUAGACCACAAAGAUUAAGCUUCAAUGUAGUCCAGAUACGUUACGGUGUGACGUAGACCACAAACAUUGAGCCGUGACGUAGACCACGAACAUUGAGCUGUUACCUACACCACGGACAUUGAGCUGUGACGUAGACCACGAACACUGAGCUGUUACCUACACCACAGACAUUGAGCUGUGACGUAGACCACGAACAUUGAGUUGUGACGUAGGCAGCCUCCAGUAUGUCCACCAUGAUGUACAGAGAGAUGACCAGCCCACUGUCCGAACGGAACGGUCACCGCGGGGCCACAAGGGAGAGAACUUGGCCGGAACUCUCCGAAAAUGAGCUGCUGCUCAAGAUGCAGAAAAAGAUGGCUGGCCUUGACAGUAAACAGAUGAAAGUGAUCCGGGAAUACGAGCAGGAGCUUGACGCUAUGAAGUCAGAGAUCAAGAAAAUCAGCACCGGCUACGACGGGCUCCGGCAGAAGAACUCUCGCUAUAGACAACAGCUCAAAGACAAGAAUGAACAACUGAAGAAACUGCAGGAUGAGCAUAGUAGAGUCACAAGACACAGCACAUCGGAGGUGUGGACAUCAGAGAAGGCGAGACUGUUGGCGAAGAUAAAACAACUGGAAGUGGAGAAGAAACAGGCUGAUGACGAGUGUAGUUCUUUAUCUAUGUUAAAAGAUGAAAACAGUCAUCUAAAAAGAGAACUAGAAUCACUCAAGUUCCGAGAGACUAUGUGGGUACAGGAGAAGGAGAGAGCAGAGAAGGAGAGGCGGAGGAACAAGGAACUCGGAGACUGGUCAAUGGUAAACAACAACAAAAAUCAUUCGUUCAAUUUUGACGAGGCGUGGGCACAGAUCUCCCAGAGCCCUGACCUGCCCUUCUCCAGCCUACCCAGCAUGCACCUGGUCUCCGGAUACCGGGAGUCGGACGACCUACAGGACAUCAGGAAGUCACUCAAUGAGGCCAGGGAGGAACUCAAGUUGGGCAAGGGAGAGACACAGAGCAAGAAGUCCGAAUUUCUCAAGGAUUUGGAAGAAAGAAGUCGCACAACGCAGCACACGACUUACGACACCAAGAAAGAGCACAAAGACACCGAGGCUGACCAAGUCAAGCAGAUGAUCAAAACGCUGGAGUCCAAGAUCAGCAGCCUCGAGUCCAACUGCCUUACCGAGGUGCGUCAUCUGGUGCACAACGUGGAUGUGUUGAAGAAGGAGCUACACAACAGUCAGCAGGAACUGAGAUCUUUGAAGGAAUACUCCAGACAGAUGGAGAGAAGGAGAGAGGAGGAGAAGCAGCAGAUGCUGAACGAGAGUCGUGAGCUGAAGCUAGACUUGACCAGUCUGCGCUCCGAGAUCAGGGACAAGAGCCAGGGGUCAGACCGGACUGACCUGUCCAGGGGAGCUAGCUCGGACACCAGGGAACC